CCUCAUUGCAGGAGAUUAACCUUGUCGUUUAUGCAUAGUUUCACCAUCCUUUCUUCCUCCUCUGGUCAUCUCUUCAGCUUUCUUGUAGUUUCUGCUUCUUUCACAGGACAAGGGUCCUUCAAUGUCAUUUGGGGGGCCCUCGUUCUUUAGUUUUGCAACUUUCUAUUCAUUGAUUCAACCUAUAGUUCAGUGAGAGAGAUAUUUUUGUCAUCGUUUCUGCGUCAAAGUAAAUUUGUUGAGAAGUUUUUGUCAAAUCUUCCACCAUAAUUUCUUCCAGAUUCGUUAUUUGGUAUACACACUGUGAAAGGUUAUAAGCAUGAAUUGCUUCCCUUGUUGUGCACCUAAGAAAAGCCUGAGCAAGAGGGAACAUGAUGCUCCAGCACCAGCACCGGAACCUGAAGCAGCAGCAGCAGCAGGAGGAGCACCAGCAGCAGCACCAGCACCAGCACCAGCACCAGAAAUAAAGAAACAAAAAUCAGAUGAUCAAAUCUCAGUUGAUCCUGAAAAUAUUAAGGUAAGGGCUUUCACGUUCCGUGAGCUAGCAACAGCAACAAAGAAUUUCCGACAGGAUUGUCUGUUGGAUGAAGGAAUUUUCGGGAGAGUAUACAAAGGAGUAAUUCCUGCCACCGGCCAGCUUGUGGCCGUGAAGCAACUCGAUCGAAAUGGGAUCGGUAAGGAAUUUCUGGGUGAUGUUUCUGAUCUAAGUCUGAUGCAGCAUGAGAAUCUGGUAAAUCUCAUUGGUUAUUGUGCCGAUGGUGAUCAACGUCUUUUGGUUUACGAGUUGUUUUCUGGGCGCACUCUUGAAAGCCGUCUUUUUGAGAAUAAAGAGGAUGAAGGACCACUAAGCUGGUUUGACAGAAUGAAAAUAGUUGCGGGUGCUUCUAAAGGGCUAGAGUACCUACACGAGAGUGCAGACCCUCCAAUUAUAUUCAAGGAUUUGAAAGCAUCGAGCAUCUUGGUGGACAAUGAUUUCAAAGCCAAAGUCCGUGAUGUUGGAAUGGCCAAGCUUUUUGGUGCAGACAAGAUGAACAACGGACCUCCAAGACUCAUGGGCAACAAUGGUUACUGCGCUCCGGAGUAUGUAAGAGCAGGUCAAAUCAGCAAGAAAUCAGACGUCUACAGUUUCGGAGUUAUCUUGCUGGAGCUCAUUACCGGACGAAGAGCCAUAGACACUACCAGACCAAAUGAAGAGCAAAAUCUAGUUGCAUGGGCAACACCCUUGUUCAGGGACCCGAAGAGAUAUCCAGAUAUGGCGGAUCCGGUUCUUAAAAGGAAUUUCCCAGAUAAAGAUCUGAAUCAAGUUGUUGCAAUAGCAUCCAUGUGCUUACAGGAGGAAGCAGAAGCUCGACCUUUUAUCAGUGACGUUGUAACUGCUCUCAGUUUUCUUUCCGCUGCUCCUGUUGCUGCGCCAGCACCACCCAGUGCUAGUGAAAGCGAAACUGGAUCAGUAUCCAGAAAGGGGAGCCGUAGAUCAUCAGUAGAUGGUGACGGGCAACUUCCGCCGGCGGUUUCCUCUAAAAACAGUCGCAAAGGCAGCAAAAAAUCUUCACUGAAACUGUUAAGCCAGAAGCUAAGCCAAAAAUCCUCUGGUGAAGAUUCUGGGCGGAAGAGCGGGAAAAAGUCCCACAAAGAUCCAAGCCAGAAGAAGAGCAGCAGAAAAUCUUCCCUGAGAGGUUUAAGCCACAAGAGCAGUAAAAAAUCGUCUAGCAGAAAGAGUAGCAAAGACUCGGAGGAUGGAAGCGUUUCCUCAAGCUGCCGUAGCAGCAGUGUGGCAUCAGAUGAUGAAAGGUCCAUGUCAGCUCGUAGCAGCAUGAGGCUGUCACAAGGGAGUGAUCACUCUGACUCAAACAACAGCAGCAGAAGGACAGAGGAUGCCGACCAUAACUUGCUAGAUCGUACAAGCACCAUGGAAUCUGAUGUGGGAAGUGGUCACCCUUUUGACCAAAAUAGCAGCAGUGGAUCAAGCGUUUACUCUCGAUAAAUAAAUUAUCAACCUUGGUACCUCUUGUGAUGAUCAUCACCAGGGACAGCCAUCCAUGCUUGUUCUUUAAUACCUUGAUUUCUAAUUUUGUGCCGCAGUCUGGUUGUUGCUAACACAACCGUUCGUUUGAGCUAUAUAUACAACAUAAUAUGUGGGUUCUUUGAUUUUUAACACUCAUUCUUCAAAAUCAAGCAUCCUUAAUAUUUGUCUGUUGUUCACUAGGCCUAUAUCUAUUGUUUCCACAACUAGAUAUAUAGUAGAGAUAUCCUGAAUUUCACUUGGGCAGCUGUUGCUUGCUGCUAUUCCAAGUGAGAUUCCAGCUUGUUUUAUAUCUAAAUAAACUGAAGGGAAUGUGUUCAUCGUGUUAUACCGAAGGGAAUGUGUUCAUCGUGUUACAGAAGACAGUAAAAAAUAUGUGGGAAUGGAUUUUUCUUUCUUUGG